AUACAUGUAGCAUGCUAUAUUAGGUUAUCUAAGCACUCUAUCUUCUGGUCAAAUUUUAUGAGGAAAAAAAGGUCAAGGGAAUUUUUUUUUGCCGAGAUCUACUAAUUGUGACUUGUGAGUCCUGCGACUGAAUUCUCCAUUCCCAGCCGUUCUUCUGAGACUCGGCAUUCCUUUCUCUAUUUUGAAUUGAAGGGGAAAUGGGUCGAUUAAGCAGGACCAUUUAUGUAGGCAAUCUCCCUGGUGACACUAGGGAAAGGGAAGUUGAAGAUUUGUUUUACAAGUAUGGAAAUAUUGUUGAAAUAGAUUUGAAAAUUCCAUCAAGACCACCCGGCUAUGCUUUUGUGGAGUUUGAAGACCGUCUUGAUGCUGAUGAUGCUAUUCGUGGUCGUGAUGGCUAUGAUUUUGAUGGACAUCGCUUGCGGGUUGAACUUGCACACGGGGGGCGAGGAACACCAUCUCAUGAUCGCCACAGCAGCUAUAGUAGUGGGAGUCGUGGUGGAGUUUCAAGACGCUCUGACUUUCGGGUUCUGGUUACUGGACUUCCAACUUCUGCCUCAUGGCAAGAUCUGAAGGAUCACAUGCGCCGAGCUGGAGAUGUCUGCUUCUCUCAAGUUUACCGGGAUCGUGAUGGUGUAAGGGGAAUUGUGGAUUAUACUAACUCUGAUGACAUGAAGUAUGCGAUAAAGAAGUUAGAUGACUCCCAAUUCAAAAACCAAGUGUCUCGUUCUUAUAUACGGGUUGAGAAGUAUGAUGGUAAAACAAGCAAGUCUAGGAGUCCUAGUCCAUAUAAUUCUAGGAGCAGAAGUUACUCGAGAAGCCGAAGUCCCAAACGUCGUAGAAGUCAGAGCAUAAGUGCAUCCCCAAGGGGCAAAUGUUCUCGUCGAUCAGUAUCUAGAUCGCGCUCAAGGUCCGUCUCUCCUGUUCGCUCAAGAUCUGGCUUUCCGCAGCGAUCUGGGGAUUGCUUGUUAGGGACUUGAUGGUUAUGGUGCUCUCAAAUUCAUGCAAUUCAUUUGGGUUGUGGCAGUGUGCUGUAUAGUUUGGUUACAACCUUCGACAAAACCUGGAUGAUCUGUGUCAAGAUCUAAAUCACCAGCUGCAUCGCCUCAACGUGUAAAGAAUGUGACGACUAAAGAACCCAGCCGAAGCCGAAGUCGUAGUCGUAGUCUAUCUCCUCCUCCUGAGAAAUCUGAUGCAAAGCUCUCCGAUCCGGCGGAUCAGCCCCAGCAGCUCGAGUAGUUGCAAUGGAACCUUUCAUAUGAGCAACUUGGGGACUUAGAAAUUUCAAAAAUGGCACUCUGUGAUGGUAUUCUGUACAAUUAUAUGUUACAUUUUAUACUAUUCUUGUGUCUCACAUGAUCAAAUUCUAACACUUUUGGUGUGAUCAUUUACUGAUAUGUGGAGAUUAAUUUUGAAACUACAGUAACAGUUGUGUGUUCAAAAUUGAAACAUUUCUAGUCUUCAUGGUG